GAAAAAGGGGAUAAAAGGAUAAACAUUUCGUGAACAAAAAGCGUGAAAAUCUGGAAGCCAGAGGAGGUCCUGGCGUCGCCAUUCGAUUGAUGAGGUGUGAACGACCGCCGUGAGAAACGUUUGGCUAAAACAGGAAGGUGUUAGCACGGCCAGCAACAACAGCAGCGGCAAAAUGGGACGCCCGAAGCGAGGCGCAGCGCAAGCGGCGAGCAAAUUCGAUGAUUUCGUGGUGGACGAAUCCUCGGACCACUCAAGCGGUGGCCGACGGUCAACAUCCGUGACGCCGGUGCAGGAAUUCCUGGCCACCACGGCCCGUGGCCGGGGGCGUCGCGGUCGAGGUGCCCGACGAGGAGGCCGAGGAAGAGGAGGUGCUGCUCGCGGUGCACGAAUGGAAUCACCAUUGGUGACGACACCGACGCUGACGGUAGUAGCGGAUACGGAUGAAGAGGCCUCCCAAGAGUCGUCCUCGCUGUCGGCGGUGGAUGCGGAGCAGCAGGUAGAGCUCAUCGAGGUGCUGGAAGAGGAAAUCGUCGAGUGCAGCGAGGACGUUCUGAUCGAAAGCGAUGGCGGCAUCACGGAGGAUUCGCAGGAGGCACAGGAAGGGCAACAAUUGGUGAUGGUGGAGAGCGUGGUGGAGUGCGGCGAUGAGGACGAGAGCGUCCUGUUGGACGACGGUGCAGUUACGAGAAAGUCCAAACGUCAGGUAAAAGUGACGAACAAAUUUCGAGACUUUGUUGUCGAUGUCCCACUGCCGAUGAGUCAGGUAACGUACCUUGAUUACGGCUCCAAGCCGUGGCCGGAUUCACUGUCGAGAGACACUGCACUGGCAGCAGACCUAGAUUCAUCAUCAUUCUUCUUCGCACAACAGCCCAUGCGUACGUACGCGAGUAGCAAAUCACCCAAGGUAACGGCAGCAGCAGCCUCCUCCGUCGCGACAGCAGCAUUUGCAGGACCAUCUACGAGCAGUUCUCCGGCCUCAUCGACGUCUGGCACCGGCAACAAACCGGGACGGCCCAGUGCGGCAGCGAUUGCACUGCGCGAGCUGAACGCCAUCAAGGAGGCGGCGAUGGCUGUGCCUAGCAACAGUGCCACUUCGUCCGGUGCAGGCCGAGGACGUAAAAAGAGAGCAACAAUCAACGCCAUCUUGGAUAUCACGGAUGUCGAUCCGGCGGAUGAAACGAUUCAGCUGCCAAAUCCGGAGGAACGAAACAAUUCGCUCAUAACGCUCAAGAUCGAUGGGACGGUGUUCGGGGAUGAUGAUAGUUUGCAUUGUAUCGCGGCCAGUCCAAGUCCGGGCCAGCAGGAAUCUUGUGAAUUAACCGGCGCAGUGACGCAAACGAAAAGACCCUCAUCCGGUCGGGGUCGUAAACCAAGGGGUGCUGGCACGGGCAUUGGCAGCAGAGCUCCGGAACGCCCCGCCGGCUCAACGUUCAUACGAAGAUCGUACAAACCGGUAAGCGGAGCGGGUGCAAGCUUGGAAGAGAACGCGGAAGAGGAAAUAUUCAAAGUGACGGAAAGGAAAUACACGCCUUCUCCGUUGGCUGGCGACAGUGCAACUGAUACCGGAGAAGAUUCCGAUAUUAUAAUGCUACAAGCUGAUGAGAUCAUAAAUGAUAUGGAUCCCAGCGAUGAGGAUUGGCAGGAAGGCCCGGUGCGGUCGAGUGGUCGAGGACGGGGCCGUGGUGGUAGAGGAUCACGUGGUGGACGUGGUGGUCGUGGACGUGGAAGAGGCCGUGGGCGCGGUCGUGGAAGCAGAUCACGGGGUUCACGGUCACGCGGUGCUGGAAGGCCAUUGCCGGAUAUUGUCGAUGCUCGGAGCAGCAGUAGCCCAGAAGCGGAAGAAACUCUUUGUGAGGUUCCGGAACCGGAUGGCGCUGGUGUGGUGAAAGAAAUGAUUGUUGUCGCGCAUGUGGACGAUCAAGUUAUCACAACGGAGCUCGUACAGGAAGUGAUUGUUCAGGAAACACCAGAAGAGCAGCAUUCUCUAGAAGUAUCGAGUGCUCCUUCACAAGUCGAGGUCACUGUGGAAGCCGAUGACAAAGCAACUCGGAAACAGGAAAAUUCAACAACGGUUGUGGAACAACCUGCGCCAAGUAUCGAAGCUAAAGUAGACCUACAGAGCAUCGAUCCGAUUACCACAACAGCUCCAACCGAUGUGUCCACUUCAGUGGACAACACCACAAAGUCAAGCAAACAAACGGCCACCACAGUUAGUGUUGAAGAAUCAAAACCAGCGGAACCAUCGGUAGAGAAAGCAAACUCACAACCAACUGGUAAACCUUCUCGCCCAAAUGAUCGGCCAGAGUCGUUGGCAUCAACCGAUCGGUCAGAGGAGAAAUCACGAAAAGAAGAUGUACCCUCGAAAGCUAAACUGUCGACACCGAAAAAAGAACGUCACGAUAAAAUCAGAGAGCCUCCGGCGAAGAAGCAGCACAAGGAUAAGCAAUCGAAGGAACUGUCAUCUUCCAAAGAUCGCUCGCGAUCGGAGAAAUCAUCUCGCGAUGAAAGUGAUGCUCGCCAGCGCAAGAAAGAUAAGAGACGGAGCGAAGAGGAAGGACGAAAGCGAACGGAAUCGAAAGACCGUAAUGUCGAGAAGAUUCGUUCCAGUAAAGAUGAAAAGGAUCAACGCGCUGGCGACCAGAAGCAUACCACUGCCACCACGAGCGCCUCAAGCGAUCGUUCAUCGGAACCUACAGCGCAACAAGAGGAAAGCAAAAAGAAGCCGGAAACUAGUGAUAAAGUGAUUGUGGCACCGACCGAGGUACCACCGAACCGAAAACGAUCACUAAUCACUCCGAUCCGUGCGGAUAAACCGAAGAAAUCGUUCGACACCGAACUGCAGGCCCUGGAGAUGCAACCGAUUCCACGUAAAUCAUCGAGUGAUGAUCCUCGGCGUCGUGAGGCACGCGAUCGAGACGAUUCCUCAUCGUCCUCAUCCUCGAACAAACUUGACCAGCACAAGCAACAACACCAUCAGCACCAUCACCAUCAUCAUCAUCACCACCACCACAGUUCGUCGAAACACAAGAGCAGCAAACCUUCGGAAUCAUCGGGGUCACGUAAAUCCGACCCAGGACAACGGUCGAAGGAGGAGCGCCGAGCGAAGGAUGAGGACGAGAAACGUCGAGCAGCAGAGAGUAGCGCAUCAAAGGUGGCGCCGAAGAAGAGCACCACUGCAUCAAGCUUCCUCUCGGAAGCAGCUAUUCACGAUCGAUCGAUCAUCAAAAAGUCAAAAUCGAAAGAUCGGAAAGAAAUCGAAAAAACCUCGAAACCCAGCACCACCGAGAGCAUGCCCGGGACGGUUGCAACACCCCCAAAACCCGAACCGGUCGCACCAGCGGUUGUUCCUACGACGACGGAAUGUCCAGAGAAGAAGAAACCCAUUCUCGAGUCUGUUCCUGCUGUAGAAACACCACCCGAUGAAAAGACGGUCCCUCCACCUCCUCCAGUCGUAGAUACGAUUCCAGAACCCGUUAAAAUGUCUCCGGAAGCGGGUCCCAAAAUUGUCACAAAAGCAUCGCUUAAGAUGUACAAAAUGGAACCGGAUGAGGGGCAGGUACGCCCGGAUCCAGUAGAGGUGCAACCAAUAGUGCCGGCCGUACCGACUGUACCGGAGUUGGAAAUGAAAGUAGAACCUCCAGUAGACCCUCCUCUGCCUCUCGAAAAACCGAUCGAGCCCAUCCCGAUCGAGGAGAGCGAGAAACCGGACUGUAAACCUCCAUGCGAGCCACCAUCCACCGAGGUAAAGGCCGAGGAAGAGGAAGGAAUGUUUAGCGAAGCGGAAACGGUACGAUCGGAGUACAGCGUUGGGUUUUCCGAUGGCGAAGGAACGGUUGCAAGCAGCGGUGGUCUACCAUCGGAGGAUGAUUCCGGUGUGCGCAGUGGCGUUAGCACACCAAGCUGUGACAUGCAGUGGGACGAUGAAACACUACCACCGGAACCACCGGAACCAGCAGAACCGUUGCCGACGGGUCCAGAACUUCCUGACAACAGCGUCAACACCACCGCCGCCGCUGAUCCUCACUCGCAGCGUGUCGAUAUGGUGCGCUUGAUCGAGAGCUACACGGAUGACGGAGUGAUCCGUCGAUCGACACGUAUUAAAUCCAUCAGUUCCCAGAAACAGCGCACCAGUGGUCAUGGGUUGGUGAGAGACAAAGAUCGGUUGCUGAAGAAGUCGAACACUGCGGACGGAGCUGGUUCGCACGGAGCAGGAAGUGCUCCUGAUGGAGCACCAUCACUGCAGCACAGCAGUGGUGCGGGUUCUGCGAGUGGUCCGAACUGGCCAGUGAUUGCGAACGAAGGUGAAAGCGCCAACAAUGAGCUAUCGGAGGAGUAUCUGCGCGAUAUGGAGGAGAAACUGAGCCGGUUCGAGACGAUCCGGGAGAACAUCUACUAUAGCGAUCGUAUCGUGAGCCGGGAAGCGAAAAAGAUGACCUGCGAUUGCUUCCUAACGCACGAGGACAUCGAACGGGGUGAGAUGGGCUGUGGGGAAGAUUGCCUGAACCGUUUGCUGAUGAUCGAGUGUGGUUCCCGGUGUACCGUGGGGGAACGCUGCACGAAUCGGCGCUUCCAGCGACAGGAGUACGCUCACUGUCAGGUGUUUCGUACGGAGAAGAAAGGCUUCGGUAUUCAGGCGAGCGCACCGGUCGCACCCGGGGAGUUCAUCAUGGAGUACGUCGGCGAGGUGCUGAAUGGUUCACAGUUCGAUCAGCGUGCCGAGGCGUACUCGCGGGACAAGAACAAGCACUACUACUUCAUGGCACUGCGCAGUGACGGUAUUAUCGAUGCAACGACGAAGGGUAACAUUUCGCGCUUCAUUAACCACUCGUGCGAUCCGAAUGCCGAGACACAAAAGUGGACCGUAAAUGGGGAGCUACGGAUUGGUUUUUUCAGCACCAAGUACAUCCUACCUGGGGAGGAGAUUACGUUCGACUAUCAGUUCCAGCGGUACGGCCGUAAGGCACAGAAGUGCUACUGUGAGGCGGAAAACUGUCGCGGAUGGAUCGGUGCUAAACCGACGCAGGAAGGGGAUUCGGAUGAGGAGGAAGGAGAUGAAGACGAGGAAGAUGAGGAAGGUGAAGAGGAGGAAGAGGAAGAGAGCGAUGAGGAGCAGAAGGAACGUGGGCGAGGAGCCACUGGCACCGCUGGAGAACCGUCAAUCGCCGGGAAAACAUCGAAAGCGAUCUCUUUCGCCAAAGAUCAAGAUGAUGAGAAGCGUACCACGGAAUCGUCUGCGACCGUUCCGGCAGCUCCGGCCACGGCAAAGCCGAAGAAAACUCGCAAAUGUCGAACGGCCGUCCGGCAGAAGCGCCGUUUGCUUCACGAACUGCACGAGGAUGCCGAUCUGGAGGAGGAAAUCAACAUUCUGCUCAAGACGGGCCUAAAGAAUCAGGCGCACACACUGAAGCUAUCACGAUUGAUGGUGCGAGCGAAGGACAUCAAGUCUCGGAGCCGACUGCUAACGUUGCUUCAGAGUGGUGAGCUAGCGUGUCGUCGCCUGUUCCUGGACUACCACGGGUUGCGGCUACUGUACGGUUGGAUCUGUGAGUCGACGGAAGCGAUCGAGGAUCUCAAGUUCCGCAUUCAAAUCCUGGACACGCUCGAUAGGCUGCCGAUUCCCAACAAGACGAUGCUAAAGGAUAGCAAAAUUCUUCACACGAUUGAGAAGUGGUCACGACCGGAGAAGGGCAAGGCGAGUGCUCUGGCUCCACCGCCAACACCAACGCCGCCACCACCAGCACCAGUACCAGCGCCAGUGCCUGCACCAUCGGUUGCUGUUGAGACCGCAAGUGGCGACCCUGCCGAUAAGGAACUAUCGAGGACGAGUUCACCGAGUGAUAGCAAUGGUGCGGGCAGUGACAGUAGCAAUACGAGCCAGCAAGGAACCGAUGCAAAGCAACAGCAGGAUCAGCAACAAUCCGUCAAAAAGGACGUUCUAGGGAGUGUGGAUGUUUUGAAGAACAUGCCGGAACUGUUGAAGCUGGCCGAUCUGGGUAAGCUGAAGGAAAUCAUCAGCACUUGCGACAAGGAGGUGGAGAACAAGGAAAAGGCAGCUGCGGCCGCAGCAGCAGCAGCGGCAGCAGCCGCCGAAGUCGCCAGUGGGUUACUGUCGGAUAUAGUAAUCCCCGAACCGGAAGACGAGAAUGCCCCCGAGGAGCGACGGCUCGGUACGCAGAUACGGAUACUGUCCUGCAAGCUGCUCAUCGCCUGGACCAACCUGAAGGAGGUGUUCCGCAUCCCGAAGAAGGAACGUAUCGAGCAGAUGAAAGAGCACGAGCGUGAGGCGGACCAGGGGCUUGGGCUCGGUGAUCAUGGUGAUCAGGACAAGUAUUCGCACCGUUACCGUGAUAGUGGGCGAUGGGAUCGCUCGCGGGAACCGAAAAGACGUCGAUCUCUUGAUGAUCGAGCCGAUGGCGCCCCGGCAUACGGUGGUGGCGCACCGGGGAGUAAACUGAAGCGGCCACCCUUCCCCGUACCUUACGGUAGUAACAGUGCCAGUGGAGGCAGCAGUGGUGGCGGCGGUCUCGGUGGCCUGUAUCCUCCGUUGAAGCAGGAUAACCUUUCGAAGCAGGAACGUCGGCAACUGUUCGAGAUGAAGGUAGCGCACGAGGAAGCGGAAAGGCGUAAGAAGGAAAUGUGGCUGAUGCACGAGAAUGCCUGCUAUCGGUUCGGACUUAAUCCACAUUUGACCGCACCGAUGGACAUACCGGUGCGCAUGAAUCCGGCUACCGGAGAAUACUUUUCCGAGGACGAUCGCCUGCUACCGACACCACCGAGUCAUGCGUACUUUAAGAUUCAACCACCGCCCAUGUCGACGAACCCGGAAGAUUAUGAGCUGCCACCGAUCAAGCUGCCCGCUUACUGGCGCUUUGCGAUCGAUGACCGUGGUCGGUUGUACUACUAUCACGUGAAGGAUCGUGUGCCCCAGUGGGAACCACCGAAGAAGACCCAGGGCCAGGGAGCGACCGGGGACGCCCCGUUUGCCGAUGAGGACAUCUCGAUGAGCUCCGACUCCAGCACGACCGAUACGUGCGAUUCGAGCGAGGAGGAACUGACGCAGCUGCUGGAGCAGUUGCUUAAGAAGAAGCGCAAACAACAAUCGAGCUUUAAUUUGGACGAUGUGCUAGCCAAACCGGACGAUAUGAACGAGAGUAUGUCGAAGCCGGUGCUGAAGCAAGAAUCGGGAGACGGUUCACCGCAGAUGCUGACGCUGGAGGAAAUCUUUGGAGAAUCGGCCACUGCGGCGGCAGCAACACCCGCCACGGAAGAACAGACCACUCCGGCCUCACAGCAGCUGCCCGUGAGGAGGAGGCGGAAGCAUAGCUUGAAGUUGGUUCAAGCGCGCAUCAUCAGCCCGCGCACGGAAGAGGACAAGCAGUACGGACAGAUGGAGAUGAAACGGUACAAAGAGACAAAGGAGAAGCUGCGUAAACGGAAAGAGGAAGCGAAGCGGUUACGUGCCCGCACCAUGUUCGAUAAGACGCUCGCCGACAGUCCAUUCAGUGGGCCACUGGACAAAGCGAACAUCGCAACGAUAGCGGCCGAUGGUAACGUGAUCGUUGCUGGUGGUGCUGGUGUAGGUACUGGAGCUGUUGCCAGCGGUGGUAGCGGCGUUGGAACGGCAGCAACCAUCAACGUUGGCGGUGGUGUCAUUGGCGACAGCUCUCUGAUCGAUGACGAUCUCGUCGUGUCGCACAAAAUCGUCGAGGACAAGUGCAUCGUGGAUGAGUUGGACAUUUUAACGAAAAAGAAAAAGAUCUCUCCGUACGAAGAGUGGAAGAAGGUACAGCAACGGUUAGGUAAGAAGCGAAAGCAAACUGAAGAGGCCAGCAAUGAAUCAGCAGCAGCGGGAACGAGUAGUGGAGCAUCUGGCGAAGCAACCGCAGCGGGCACGUCGAAGCUGCCGAAGCGCAAAAAGUCCAGCAAGGGAGAGCUGAACAGUGAGGAGGCGCGCAAGAUUAAGGAAAAGUUCCGCGUGGAAAUAGCGGGCGUUAUCGUGCAGCAUCUCAGUGGCUACCGGAAGGAGAACUGUCCAAUAGGGCGCAUCACCAACACGGAAGAUUUUAAACAUCUUGCACGGAAGUUAACCCAUUUUGUGAUGCUGAAGGAGCUGAAGCACUGCGACAACACUGUGCACGUACUGGAAGUGACCGAAUCGGUUAAAACAAAGGCACGGGAGUUUAUCAAGAAGUACAUGGCCAAAUACGGUGCGGUGUAUGUGCGUGGAGAAAACGAGCUCGACUAUGCCAACGUGACACUCUGAGAGGAAGUCGGGGGAAAGCAUCCGGAGCUGCCGCAACCGGUCACCGCGACCGUACAGCAACCGCUCUGAAUGUGUUUCCCAUAGCAACGCCAGUGACACAGUACGCGUUUCUGCAUGGUGCAUCGUACUCGCAGGGUACGCUACAUUCGUAUUUUUUAAACUAAUUUAAGACAAUUACGUUUAUGUCUUACUAGCAAGGACUCGGAUCAGCGUGGCCGCGGUCCAGAGCGAAACAUGUUUUCUCUGUGUGCAAAUUAGUUUUUAGCUCAACUGAUGCGACUGUAAUAAAGUGUACAUUGUAUUUUAAUAGUA